AUGGUGUUCAAUUAUUUAAGAAAAAACCCAUUCUACUACACACACACACACACAAAGACACUUCAACUAGUGCAUUCUGACAUCUUUGGUCCGAUGGAAACAAGCCCACUAGGUGGUGCAAAGUACUUCAUGACUCUAAUUGAUGACUACUCGAAGAAGGAUUUUGUUUAUCUUCACAAGAAAUCUGAUGUACUAGAAACAUUCAAAGAAUUCAAGAGCCAAGCGGAGAAACAAUUGGAAUGUAGUAUAAAGUGUCUUCGCUCUGACAAUGGUCUUGAAUAUGUGAAUGCCAAUUUUUCUGAGUUCUUAAAAUCUAACGGAAUAUUUCAUCAAACCACCACUACAUAUAUGCCUGAACAAAAUGGAGUGGCGGAGCGUAUGAAUAGAACAGUCCUUUUAGAAAGUCGUCUAUUCUUUUUGCAGGUUAGUGUUUAA